AUGACUGAAAAUAUUGCUGUGACCAAAUUUAGAGAAUUUUUAAGAAUAAAUACAGAACAACCAAAUCCUGAUUAUUAUGGCUGUAGAGACUUUUUAUUUAAUUAUGCAAAAGAAUUGGGAAUUACCCCUUGGGGGUAUGAGUGUGUGGACAAAAAGCCUUUUGUUGGAAUGACUUUGUUUGGCACUAGACCCGAAUUACCUUCAAUUUUGUUGUAUUGCCACACAGAUGUUGUCCCCACUUUUGGGGAGUUUUGGACAUACCCUCCUUAUGAGGCUUUUAAAGACGAGAAGGGGGAUAUUUUUGCUCGUGGGGCACAGGACAUGAAAUGCGUUGGUAUUCAAUAUAUUGAAGCUUUGCGUGCUCUUAAAGCUUCGAAUGAGAAUAAGCCCUUUGUUCGGACCAUUCACAUACUGUGGGGACCAGGUAUUUAA